CUGCGCACUCGCCACUUCCUCCUAGCCCCUCCUACAGCGGGUUUCCAAUUCAGUCGGCCUAGGAACAGGUGGAGGCGGAGUCCCGCACGUCCUGCGCUAGCUGGUGGGCGCAUGCGCAGCGCGGGCUCUCCCUGGGGCCGGGCAAAGUAGAGGUACCAGGUAUUCAGGCGAAAACUGGCAUAAAUCUUAAAUCGUUCUUUCCACACCACCUCCAAUUCAUCAACAAAUCCUGUACGCUCUACAUUCAAAUAUAUCCAGAAUUCGACCCCUUCCACUGUUAUCACUCCAAGCGAUGGUCCAAGCCACCGUCUUCUCUGCCAGGAUUAUGGCCUUGUGAAGUUUAUGCUUAUGUUUGAUGGGAAAAUUUGUUAGCAGCUUAGCUUCGCUUGGACUUUCUUAAGAAGCAGUCCUCAAAGUGCCAACCCAAUCUGAGUUAUCUGAAGGCUUAACUGGAACCAAAGGAUCCAUUUCCAAAGUAGUUCACUAAUGUGGCUCACAGAUACUAUCACCAUAUGAAGCUGAACAUGGCAGAAGAAGAGGACUAUAUGUCUGAUUCCUUCAUUAAUGUCCAAGAAGAUGUCAGACCAGGAUUGCCCAUGCUGAGGCAAAUCCGGGAAGCCCGUCGAAAAGAAGAAAAGCAACAAGAAGCUAAUUUGAAAAAUAGGCAGAAGAGUUUAAAGGAAGAAGAACAAGAAAGACGUGACAUUGGGUUGAAGAAUGCACUAGGCUCUGAAAACAAAGGCUUUGCUUUGCUCCAAAAAAUGGGAUAUAAAAGUGGUCAGGCUCUUGGAAGGAGUGGAGAUGGUAUUGUUGAACCAAUUCCUCUCAAUGUCAAAACAGGGAAAAGUGGCAUUGGUCAUGAAGCAUUAUUAAAACGGAAAGCAGAGGAAAAAUUAGAAAGUUAUAGAAGAAAGAUUCACAUGAAAAAUCAAGCUGAAGAAAAAGCUGCAGAACAAUUUAGAAUGCGACUUAAAAAUAAGCAAGAUGAAAUGAAGCUAGAAGGAGACCUGAGAAGAAGCCAGAGAGCCUGUCAACAAUUGGAUACCCAGAAGAAUAUUCAGGUUCCCAGAGAGGCAUGGUACUGGUUGAGGCCUGAAGAGGAGACUGAAGAGGAAAAGGAAGAAAAAGAACAAGAUGAAGAUGAAUAUGAGAGUGAUGAUUUAACUGUACUGGAAAAAUUACAAAUAUUGACUAAUUAUUUAAGAGAAGAACAUUUGUAUUGUAUUUGGUGUGGAACAGCCUAUGAAGAUAAAGAAGACCUGUCUUCAAAUUGCCCGGGACCAACUUCUGCAGAUCAUGACUAAGAUUAUUCCCAAUAAAGUGGAAACUGUUUAUACCACUAAGGAAAAGGAGCCUUUACUUAAUGCUUUAUUCUUUUGUGCUUUAGAAAUACUUUGUACUUUAAAAUAUAAUUGUUCACUGACUUGAAAAAAAUAAUGUAAUACUACUCAGAACACAAAUAUCGUAGACAUAGACAAUUACAAUUUAUGGCUAUAUUGUGAUGCUUGUGGCAUUUAAGGACACUGACAGGUAAUUUUCUUAUUUCCCUCUUCACUUUUGAACAAACUAAGAAGUAAGAUACAGGAGUCAGAGGGAGACCAAAAUGUCAGCUUUAUCAGCCAUGAAACUGAAAGAGAGAACAAGGUUGGCUUUUUCUCUAUGAGGCCUCCUAAUUUUACUCCUUGGUUAGAGAGAACUGCAGUCCUCUUCUUGGUAGGGGCAGAGCUCACUUUGUGUUCUUUGACCAAUUGGUUCCAACUGACCAACAUGCUCAGUUCUUUAUCCAGUAUCACCUGUCAGAUAAGACACUUCUCUUGUGGGAAGGGAUGAAUGAAGGUUCAGAGACCUUGUUUCCUUAUUUCUCUCUCCCAAGGAACAAGAAGUUCUCUUCUCCAAACCAGGAGGAAAAGGAAGAGGGUAAGACUGGCAAUCCUCCAUUAGCACUACUAAAUUCUGAUAAUUUUGGAGACAAAGUAGUUUUGUUGUUUCUGUUCAAGUGAGUUUUCAUGGCAAGGGAUAUGCAAUGCAAGUGAUCUGUUGCAAGUGUUAUCUAAAGAAACUUAAGAAUUGGCAGGAACCUUAAAUUUCAUGUGUUCCGCCUACACUGAAUUUGGAAACUCCUGGUCAGCAUUCCCAGCAAGUGGUAAUCCAAUCUCUACCUUUAUUCUACCAGCUAUAGAGUACUCACUGCUUUAAAACCAUUCCACUGAGCUGGGAAUAUGGCUCAAGUAGUAGCGCACUUGCUUGGCAUGCGUGAGGCACUGGGUUCGAUCCUCAGCACCACAUAACAAUAAAAUAAAGAUAUUGUGUCCACCUGAA